AGGGUGUGGCUCCGCAAUGAGCCGCAACUUUACGGCGGCGCAGUAAGUCCCCGUUCUCCGUUCUUUUUGCCCGUCUGGAGGAUAUCAUCUUUGAAUAUGGCUGUAACUGCAGCUUGUGAAGAUGGGGGGAGCGAAGUAUCAACAACGUGCUCGUCUGCCAGCUCUUCUCUGUACAGUGUCAGUGACAGCGAGAGUGAAGACGAAGGAGAAGGACAGUGGGAUACACUAGGCAGAAUGAACUCCAUUCGGAGGUCCAGUAUGUUCGAUCGGCCGAUUCUGAGGACCGUCACUCUGACACGCACUCCUACUGGCUAUGGUCUCGAGCUGCAGGGCAACAGCCCUCCCAUCAUCGCCCAAGUUUUUGGGGCAGGUGCGGAGGAGUCAGGUGUGUGCGAAGGAGAUAGACUGCUUGAGGUGAAUGGGAGAAAUGUGCGUGCGUUGAGUCACCAUGAAGCCGGCCAGCUAAUUGCAGAAUGCCCAGAGAGUGUUCGCCUGCUGCUCCACACUCGCAAGCCAAGACCUGUGCCUUCUGGUAACACAGUGUACAGUGGCUGGCUUGAAAAGAGGGGAGGCUCAGGCAUCACUCCUCGCAACUGGCGUCGUCGCUGGUUUAUUCUGAGAGAUGAUUGCAUUGCCUACUACUACAGCGACCCAGAGGACACACGGGCACUGGGUGCCAUUGUCCUCAGGAACUACACAGUUUCCAAAGCUAUUUAUGACAUGAAGAAACCGUUUACCUUCAAAUUGGUGAAGGGAGGAUCCCGGUCCUACUGUCUAUGUGCUGAUACAGAGCAAGAGAUGAACAAGUGGGCUCAAGUAUUGACAGAGGCAGCCACCUUAAAAGGAAGAGAGGAUGUUCAUUUCUCUGGCCCCGCCCAUAAUGUAAGUCUGAGUGCCCUGAGUAUCAGGGACCCAGAUUGCCAUGGAUUCCUCUUCAAGCAAGGCCACCAUGUGCGCAGCUGGAAGAAGAGGUACUGCGUCCUGAAACACCACCAGCUAUUCUACUAUGGGAAGAUGCACCACACCACUGCAUAUGGAGUGAUGGACCUCAACAGCUACUCAGUUGUCAUGGGAAAGACUACAGAAAAAAGGUUUUACUUUUACGCUCCGCCUGAGGACAAAAACAUGCGCACAUAUCACUUCUACUGUGAGAGUGCCGUAGAGAGGGAGAGAUGGAUGCAAGCUCUACAGAGGAAUAUGGAUACCACUGUCAGUGAAGUACACAAAGACAAGGACUCCUGAAUGUCAUUGUGUUUUCUCAAGCAUUCUCUCCACCACUUGCAAUUUCUCU